ACACGGGCCGCCUCUCGCCCUCGGAAGAGCCGGAACCUCCUCAGCGCCUCUCGCUGGUCUCCUCCCGCCGCGUUUGGCAGACUAACCCAUGUGGAAUUACCAACGCAGAAAGUGCAAAUACUGCAAUGGAAUUAGUUUGUCUUAUGGAGCAUAAUAAGAUGCUAAGAACAGAAGAUCCGUGAUCCCUGUUUCUGCACUUCAAUUUGAAACAGAUAUGGUUUCUGUCAUCCCGCUGCUGAUUCUUGUCUCUAGUUUACGGGAUCGUGCUAAGCAUGCCAGAGGUGCCAUUACUUCAGCUUUCUGAUCAAAGUUUGCAGGACUCUAAGUGUGGCAGAAGACUGGCUGAUUAUGAACCCCAAAUUGGACAGAUGGGUGUGGUACCACCUGAAUGUGGUGUUCCUGAUGUCCAGCUUAGCCAACUGAUACAGAAAGCUACUGAGAAGCCCAGGAAAGUAACCGGGUCACACUACUCCUGUCUCCCAGUGAAGGUUAGGCAUCAAGGUAAUACUGGUGAAAAAGAGGAAUGAGAAUGACUACUUUUUGUUAAUUUCCAGCAGCAUGUCAGGGUACAUACCCAGUUACUUAGACAAGGACGAGCUAUGUGUUGUGUGUGGUGACAAAGCCACUGGGUAUCACUAUCGCUGUAUCACUUGUGAAGGUUGCAAGGGAUUUUUUCGAAGAACUAUUCAGAAAAAUCUUCACCCAACCUACUCCUGUAAAUAUGAAGGAAAAUGUGUGAUAGACAAAGUCACAAGAAACCAAUGCCAGGAAUGUCGCUUCAAGAAAUGCAUUUAUGUUGGCAUGGCAACAGAUUUGGUGUUGGAUGACAGCAAGCGAUUAGCAAAAAGAAAACUAAUAGAGGAAAAUCGAGAGAAGAGACGUCGGGAAGAGCUGCAGAAGACAAUUGGGAUAAAACCUGAGCCAACAGAUGAAGAGUGGGAGCUUAUCAAAAUUGUUACUGAAGCACAUGUAGCUACCAAUGCACAAGGAAGCCAUUGGAAACAAAAAAGGAAAUUUCUGCCAGAGGAUAUUGGACAAGCACCAAUAGUAAAUGCCCCAGAAGGCGGGAAAGUAGAUUUAGAAGCCUUCAGCCAGUUUACAAAAAUUAUCACACCAGCAAUCACACGAGUGGUGGAUUUUGCCAAAAAGUUGCCUAUGUUCUGUGAGCUGCCAUGUGAAGACCAGAUAAUCCUUCUGAAAGGCUGCUGCAUGGAGAUCAUGUCCCUCAGAGCAGCAGUUCGCUAUGAUCCCGAGAGCGAGACAUUAACGUUAAAUGGGGAGAUGGCAGUGACAAGGGGCCAACUGAAGAACGGGGGUCUUGGUGUAGUAUCUGAUGCCAUUUUUGACCUGGGGAUGUCACUUUCAUCAUUCAACCUCGAUGACACGGAAGUUGCUCUUCUUCAGGCUGUUCUGCUGAUGUCUUCAGAUCGCCCAGGUCUUGUCAGUGUCGAGAGGAUAGAAAAAUGUCAGGAGAGUUUCCUUCUGGCAUUCGAACACUACAUUAAUUACCGAAAGCACCACAUUGCACACUUUUGGCCAAAACUGCUGAUGAAAGUGACGGAUCUGCGAAUGAUCGGCGCCUGCCACGCUAGCCGCUUCCUGCACAUGAAGGUGGAAUGCCCAACAGAACUCUUUCCCCCUUUGUUCUUGGAAGUCUUUGAGGAUUAAAAAGGCUGGAGUGGUUCUCAGAAUUCCUAUAGCACUACUGGGUGUCAUUUCAUUCCAUUGCCUAAUUCCUUUUUUCUUUUGUCCAUUCUCAUUUUUGUUCCACCUUGUUUUUAUUUGGGGGAUUUUAUUUUUUUAAUAGGCAUGAAUGAAUAUGUCCCUUCAAUGCGGGUACUUGUGACAAUUGCAUUUAUUUUUUGUUUGUCUGUUUUUGUCCUUCAGUCCUUUGCUGUGAAUCCUUUGGAAAAGUUUGACGUUGAGAAUACAAACAAAACAGUUUCAUUCACCAGCUCUCAGGCAAAUCACAAGCUCACACUCAUCACUGUUUGGAAAGAGGAGAAAUAAGCCGUAAUAGCAGGAAAAUAAGUAGAUAAUCAGAUGGGUUCUUUAAUUUGAAAAUUCUGCCAUAUUUCAUACAGUAUUAACUCAGUUUCAAGGACACAUGACUGCUUUACUGAGAUAUCAGGCACGACCGGGCAAGCAUUGGUCAUGCCUGAGACCAACUGAAAAGAAUCAGACUUGGCUAUUUCUUACUUUCACUUCGUUGUGGUCAUUGCUUCUAAUAUUUUUGGUCACUGUUAAAAAAAACCCAUCCCCAUUGCAGCUAAAGCCUUCCAUUAAUGCCAUAACUGCACCAUUAGAUAAAUAUUUAUGAGGUACCAUCAGUCAAAAACACGGCAUAUCUUAAAAACCCUUCUGAAUGAAAAUUUUAAUAUAUUGUAACGUGGGCAAAGUCCCAUAAUCAUUUUUGUUUUUAAUUUUAUCUGGGGUUUAAAUAUUCAAGGAGGCUUCCUAAAAUAACAGCUGACAUUCUGAUUCUGCUUUGCACUAAGCUUCUACAAACCAAUUUGACUGCAUGGAGCAAAAUAAGGAAAGAUGCCACAUUUGUCAUCCUAACUUAGCCUGUUUGCUUUGCCCCGAAUUCAUUAGGCUCUUGUGGGUGCAGGAGCUCUGAUGUAUAUCCAGACCUCCUCAUUCAUUUCCAUGGGGGCAGCAGACAUACUCCCUAACACGUGAACAUCUCUCUGCAAAAGGCAGCCCAUGCAUGCAUCAGGUCUUUGAGCAUUCAGAUGGUUUCCCAAAGACUCUGGAUUGGGAUCUUUUUAAAUGAGGAGUAAUAUUUCCCCAGGAAAACUCAGAUAGAUUAAAAAGUUGUGAAGAAACACGCUACAAGAAAGGGUUGUCUUCAGUGCAGAAUUAGGAUCCAACUGGCUCUGUCCUUCAGACUGUAUAGCUUUCUCUCAACACCUCAGGGUGUAGUCCAGCAGUCACUUGGAGCUUAUUAUCCAUCAUGACUUUUUUGCCAUUAUGCAUGAACAAGUGAAAUAAAGAAAUGAUCAUAGGAGUGCUGCUCCUUGAGCUUCAGGGAUCACUUGAGGUGAACUAAAUUGAGAGUGCACAUUUAGAUUAUAAAUUUACCCUUUUAUACGUGUUGUGAUUUUUAAAAAAGAUCAAAAGGCAUUAAUGGAAAAUCAGUUUAAAUGAGUUGUGGUGAGUGGCCUCCAGAAGCACACACAGUGCUGCUUAAUCUGAUUUCCCCAUCCGGGUGAUUGUUGAUGCAUUUGGGGAGAUAGUCUUCUGUUAUAUUGAACAGGAAAAAUGGCACCAGCCUGCAGCCUGUUUUCAUAUCAAGAUUUUUAGGUGGUCUUCUGGUUCUAGCCAUUCUAGAGCUGAAACACAAAACCUGUACAGAUUUCUGCUAGUUCAGUGUGAUGCAUGAAGGGCCCUCCUUUUUCUUUUUCCUUGGAUUCAACUAACUUAUUCCCAAAGUAUGCUUUACGAAUCCUUCUACUCCAUGUCCUUUGGAUUCACAUAUCAAUAAUUAACAAAGGAAAAAGAUUAGACAUAUGCCUGUAUGUCCGUGAUCACUUUUACAGUGAUUGAAGUUCAGGGCUAAGAUCCCAAGAACUGUGGUUCUAGGAUGGGGGUGGAUGGGCGGGCUUGUGUUCCUUGAACAUCAAUGCCUACAUGACUUAGAAACUUCAGUAUAAAUGAGGUCCACAGCCUUUGCAUACAAUAACUUGGAAGUAGACUGCUCCCCCUCCUCCCCUCCAAAAUGUAUGCAAGCCCUGGAUCCGGGUCCAAUUUAGUAGCUAAAACUCCAAAUCUAGUGUCCUAUUGUCCUCAAUGGAAAUUUUUACUUAAAAUGGAAAUUUUUACUCAGGUAUACUUUAAUGGACAAAAAAUUAGAACAGUAAUAUUCUGUUUACCCAUGCUUCAUUCUCUUAGCAAAGAAAGUAUUAUGAAUGCUAAUGUCCCAAAUUGUCAUGCAGCCUACUACCUAGAUACUACUAAUUGUAAGUAUAAUUUGCUCCUACAGUGUGGACAUUUGGUUAAAUUAAUGGCCAUCAUCCAAGACUGAGUUGGGUGCUCCGUGAAACAUUCUGCUUUGAAUUGGCAGCCAUGUCAGCAAAAGCCAGAAGCGGAUAAUGCAUUUCUUUUCUGCAGUAUAGAUAAAUGGGGGAAAUAGUUCUAAAAUCUAUCAAAGAAACUGACGUGGCAACUGGCAAGUUGACUUUCAACUCUUGAUUUUUUAUAUAUAUAUAAUAAAUUUAUUCCACAUUAACUUAAAACAUAACCAUACAAAACCCAAAAUAUAACAAUUCCUAAGGAGUUCCAUACAACUCUUGAUUUUUAAUACUCAUUUGAAUACAAGGUGUCCAAGGACAUAACUCGGUAUAUGAGAUAAGCCUCCCCCAUAGUUGUCUAGAAAAACAUGCAAAUUUUUUCUCACAUGAGUUUGCUCAAUAAUGUAAAUGAGGUUAGCUCGUACAAGAAAAAGUUACUACUACGAGCACUUAUUUGGUAGAUUGGUCCAGAGAAGAGGAAAGGUGGUGUAAUGCUUGUAAGUCAGAUUUGACCUACCAUGGUUUUGCUCAAGUGAACCCCAGCACAUGAAUACAGUACCAUGAGGGGUUAGACAAGCUGAAUGCAGAGGAGAGGCGGGUUCCAUGGUGAUCUUUAUGCAAUGACAGGACUUCAUGCUGCCUUGCCCCCACAGAGAGAAUUUUUGCUGUGAGAGUGCAAAAUAAUACUUUUGUGACACGUUUUGUUUCUCUGUCUUCUGAUGACAGAGGCGUAUGCAAAGUUGAUUCUGAAUAAUCAUAUAUUCGUGCACCAAUUUAUAAGCCAUUUAAAAUUGGUCACCCACAAAUACUUAUCAGAUUAACUCAGGGAACCUUUUAAAAAAAUGAACAAAUUUAAAAUCAACCAACGGUCUGCCUAAACAAACACACCUAUCAAACAUCUGCAGCUGUUAAUAUCAUUGACAAGGAGCUGGCCCUUGACUGGAGUUUGAAAAGGCUGAAGUGCUCUCAAACACUCCUUUGCAUGCCCUAUUGAAAUGAACGUGGUUUACAAGACAGCCUAAUUCAAGAUGCAUCCAGAUUACUUGCUAAUACCCAGGGCUUUUUUUCUGGGAAAGGAGGUAGUGGAACUCAGUGGGUUGC